CCGAGCCGCGACUCCUCGGAAGCCUUUUCGGCCUGAGCUUGGGGCCCGUGCCUACGUAGCCGUCAGCCUUAGGAAGGAGAAGCGGCGCCGGGGGCCGAGGCUCGGAGGCGGAGGGCGGAAGCGUGGACCCCCCUCAGCCCGCCUCCCCUCACCGCGCCGCGCCGCUGCUUCUGCGGGUAGAACCCACACCCAGCGGUUGCUCUCGGCGCUCUAGUCUCGUCGUCUGUAGUUGCUGGGACGGUUUGUGACUAGAUUAAGCGAGACGAUACAUGUCAAAAGCUAAGAACGGUGGUGGCACCUGCUAACGGGUUGGCUUUUGCUGUUGACACCGGUCUUCCCUCCCCAGCGCUCUUAUUACUGGGAGCUCCAGUGAAGAGAGAGGAAGAAUUGAGUCACUCCUCGCCCGUGCCUAGGGAUGUCCACUGCAGUUUAUCCCGGAGAGAGACACAGUCGCGCUAUCUCACCGCAUCCUUUUCUUCACCACCCCAGAAUCUGGAAAGAGGAAGAAGGAGGGACUUUGUGGCUUCUCAUAGCAGAGCCCCAGUUACAAGAUAGAGGAACUCCUGGUUCUUAGAACUUUCCAUUUACUCAUUUAAUCCUAAGUUAUGCCUUCUCAAGAUUCUGACCUUUCCCAGAAGAAGCAGGAGAAAAUGACCAAGUUCCAGGAUGCAGUAACCUUCAAGGACGUGGCUGUGGCCUUUACCAAGGAGGAGCUGGAGUUGCUGGACCUUACCCAGAAGAAGAUGUACCAAGAAGUGAUGGUGGAGAAUUUCAAGAACUUGGUUGCAGUAGGGCAUCUUCCCUUCAAGCCAGAUAUGGUAUCCCAGUUGGAAGCAGAAGAAAAGCUUUGGAUGGUAGAAACAGAAACCCAAAGAUGCAGAAAGAAUCAAAAUGAGAUGAAGGGUCUUCGAAAAUACCUUUCAUAUGAAGAGCACUCCUGCUGGCAAAUAUGGAAACAGGUUGCAAGUGAACUAACCAAGUGUCUUCAGAGGAAGAGUUCCCAGUUACUACAAGGUGAUUCCACUCCAAUUUAUGAAAACGAGAACAAGAGUCAUAAAGGAAAUAACUCAAGUUGUAUUGAAAAUCAAAAGUUUUCCAUUUCAAGAACCCAAGAUUUUUGCAGAAAUAUAUAUCUAAGUGAGUCAAAGAAUCAAAGUAGAGAUAAGCAAACUGAAAUGAAAACUAAUCUGCAUAUAUGUGAAGACUCCAUGAAGAAAUCACCACUUUGUGAAGGAAUUAAAACUGACAUCAACCAGAAACCCUAUAGAUGUAAUGAAUGUGGCGGAAGCAUUAAUGAUGGCUCUAAUCCACAAUUGCUCUUAGGAGAGAAACCCCACCUGUGUAGUGAUUGUGGGAAGGGCUUCAGUAAUAGCACAGAACUUCCCUUUCAUCAGGAUGUUCACACAGGAGACUGCUACCGUCAGAGAUCACAUCUCCAAACUCAUCAGAGAAUUCACCCUGGAGAGAAAUCUGACAAAUGUCAUGAAUCUGGUGAUUUCUACAAUAAGAUCUCUUUUCAUUCUCAUCAAUCUAGUCAUACAGGAGAGAAGUCCUAUCGAUGUGACAAUUGUGGCAAGGGAUUCAGUAGCAGUACAGGUCUUAUCAUUCAUUACAGAACCCAUACUGGAGAGAAGCCUUAUAGAUGUGAGGAGUGUGGUAAAUGCUUUAGUCAGAGUUCAAAUUUUCAGUGCCAUCAGAGAGUCCACACUGAAGAAAAGCCAUAUAAAUGUGAAGAGUGUGGUAAAGGCUUUGGUUGGAGUGUUAAUCUUCGCGUCCAUCAGAGGGUCCACAGGGGUGAGAAACCCUAUAAAUGUGAGGAAUGUGGCAAGGGGUUCACUCAGGCUGCACAUUUUCACAUACAUCAGAGGGUCCACACUGGGGAGAAGCCCUACAAAUGUGAUGUUUGUGGGAAGGGUUUUAGUCACAAUUCACCAUUAAUAUGCCAUCGGAGAGUCCAUACUGGAGAGAAGCCAUACAAAUGUGAGGCAUGUGGGAAAGGCUUUACCCGUAAUACAGAUCUUCAUAUCCAUUUCAGAGUUCAUACAGGAGAAAAACCCUACAAAUGUAAGGAGUGUGGGAAAGGCUUCAGUCAGGCUUCAAAUCUUCAGGUCCAUCAGAAUGUCCACACUGGGGAGAAACGAUUCAAAUGUGAAACAUGUGGGAAGGGCUUCAGUCAGUCCUCAAAGCUGCAAACCCACCAGAGAGUCCACACUGGAGAGAAACCAUACAAAUGUGAUGUAUGUGGUAAGGACUUCAGUUAUAGUUCAAAUCUUAAACUGCACCAUGUAAUUCACACUGGAGAAAAACCGUACAAAUGUGAGGAGUGUGGGAAGGGCUUCAGUUGGAGAUCAAAUCUUCAUGCUCAUCAGAGAGUCCACUCAGGAGAGAAACCCUAUAAAUGUGAGGAAUGUGAUAAGAGUUUCAGUCAGGCCAUAGAUUUUCGGGUACACCAGAGGGUCCAUACUGGAGAGAAACCAUACAAAUGUGGUGUAUGUGGUAAAGGAUUCAGUCAGUCCUCUGGUCUUCAGUCCCAUCAGAGAGUCCACACUGGGGAGAAGCCAUACAAAUGUGAUGUGUGUGGAAAGGGCUUCAGAUACAGUUCACAGUUUAUAUACCAUCAAAGAGGCCACACUGGAGAAAAACCUUACAAAUGUGAGGAAUGUGGUAAAGGCUUUGGUAGGAGUUUGAAUCUUCGCCAUCAUCAGAGGGUCCACACAGGAGAAAAACCCCAUAAAUGUGAGGAGUGUGGAAAGGCUUUCAGUCUGCCUUCAAAUCUUCGAGUCCAUCUGAGUGUUCACACUAGGGAGAAACUCUUUAAAUGUGAGGAGUGUGGUAAAGGCUUCAGUCAGAGUGCACGUCUUCAAGCCCAUCAGAGAGUCCACACUGGAGAAAAACCAUACAGAUGUGAUAUAUGUGGUAAGGACUUCAGUCACCGUUCACGUCUUACAUACCAUCAGAAAGUUCACAUUGGAAAAAAGCUUUAGAUAUAAGAAGUGUGUUAGUGGCAUUUGUCAGAAUAUACAUCAAGUUUUUGGAGAGUCCAUGAUUAUGACAAACUGUACAAAAUUAUUGAGAAUAAAAGGGAAUUUCUUUAGACUCAGCAUCUUUUUAACAAAUCCACCAAAAUGAUGGCAUAGAACCAGAGUAACAGGACCAGCACUCCUUUCGGGGAAUAAUAAAGAUUGUAGUUCUUUUGGUAAAAUGCAAUUAAUAUAGAUCAUUGUCCUUUGAUGUGAAUAUAUGCCUGAAGAUAAUCUAUGAAAAGAUACUUGCCUUAUACUAACUAGUUUUUUGAUCAAGGAGGGUUUUGGAUAUUUUUCCUUUAACUUUCACUUUAUACUUAGCUAUUUUUACUAAACUGUAAAGCUAUGAAAAAUGAAUAAAAUUACUAAAGACUUCCUGUAGCUAGGACUCAUAAUAU